GGGAGGAAAACAGACAAACAAAGGGAGGAUUGUAAAGAAACCCGAAAAUCAACAUUCUAUGUGACUCUAUUCAUUGAGUUGGUAAAGGUAGUCAGUGGGCGCCGGAAACAGGAAGCGCGAGAGGGACGUUUAGCAAAAAUAAACAACUGUCUGGCUCUGGUUGGUGAGUUAAGAUGGCGGCGGCACAGCCGAGGCGGUUGGGGUCUCUUCUUCUCAUCCUGCUUGCUCUGGGGUGUGAGGCUGCUCGACUUGACAUAAAGCCCGCUCCUGACUCCCUCUCCGAGGCUUUUGAGCCGGCCCUGGGAAAUUCUGCCCUGUGUCAACGGACAUGCCAGAGCACCUAUCCGCUCCACACUUACCCCAAGGAUCAGGACUUGGGGAGGACUCUGAACGUGAGGAGGAUCUCACAUAAGUCCCCCCUAUGGUUCUUCCCCCACCACAUCCCAUUUUCGGGGCUUCUGCCAGUCCUCUGUCCAUUGGAGGGCUGCUGCUGGCAGAGUCUGGCAGAGCCUGGCAGAGCCUGGCACAGCCAGGGAUCCACAACAUCCAAUUCAUCCCAGCCUGGUAGAAAGGAAGAAGAGCUGUAUGCAUGUCAAAGGGGCUGCAGACUCUUCUCUAUUUGUCAGUUUGUGGAUGAUGGAAUUGAUUUGAAUCGGACCAAGCUGGAAUGUGAUUCUGCAUGUACUGAGGCAUAUACCUCUCAGUCUGAUGAACAAUAUGCUUGCCAUCUUGGAUGUCAGAAUCAGUUACCAUAUGCUGAGCUGAGGCGACAGCAACUCAUGUCCUUAAUGCCAAGAAUGCAUCUUCUCUUCCCCCUUACACUUGUGAGAUCGUUCUGGAGUGAUAUGAUGGAAACAGCCCAUAGCUUCAUUACCUCCUCAUGGACUUUCUACCUUCAAGCUGAUGAUGGCAAAAUAGUGAUAUUCCAGUCAAAGCCUGAAGUUCAGUAUGUUCAAAGUUCUGAUCAGGAAACAACGAAUUUAAAAGAAUCAUCACUCAACCAAGUAUCUUAUCUGCAGCCAGAAGGUUCACAGACACACAAGGGAUUCUUUGAAGAGGAUGAAAGUGACAACUUUUUCAGAUGUGUUUCAAUAAAUUCUGGCUGGAUACUGACAACUACACUUAUCCUCUCUGUACUGGUGUUGCUCUGGAUUUGUUGUGCAACUGUUACUACUGCUGUGGAGCAAUAUGUUCCAUCUGAGAAGCUGAGUAUAUAUGGAGACUUGGAAUACAUGAAUCAACAAAAACUGAACCGAUAUCCAACGUCUGCUCUCAUGGUGUUUAAAUGCAAGGAUGAUGAAGAAGCUGGACCUCUACCUACAAAAGUUAACUUGGCUCAGUCAGCAAUAUAGAUUUAAAAACCAAAUUCAUUAACUAAUUCUAAGACUUCUGUUAAUUCGGGUGACUUUUUCAAUGAAGGGGCUUGCGGGGGUGGUCAGUGUUCAGAUUCAAAUAAAGUUAAGAAUUGAUGAGGUUAUACAGUCAUGAAAUUGAUUUUUUUUCCACAAGGAAAUCAUGUUGAGCAGAUGGGGUUUGUAGUGCUUUACACUUGUUUGCAUCUUUUUUUUUUUGCUUACCCAAACCAUAGGUAUUGUCUAUACAUAAAAGUUGCGGUAUUUGCAUAUUAUGAACAUCAGUAUCGGAAUGUAUAUUUGGAAUAUGUUUCUAAAACUGUAAGGAAUUUUUUGUGGUCAAAGAUCUUCUCAGCUGCGGAUAAAUGAAAUUAACGUGUAGAGCUGCUUGAAAAUUCAGUGCUUCAAAUGGCUCAUUUUCCACAAAUAAAAAUUCUGUUUAACUUUGUGUCAGUUUCUGGCACGUAAGUAGUGUGGGUCAGAAAUUAAUAUAUAGAGGAAUUUACUAUGGUGUCACUUCUAUAACAUGUAACAAAUGAGCUUCCAAAAUAGUUGUUUAAAAUUAAUUACAUUGUUUACCUUGACCUUCCCUAUUUUUCAUUUGCUGCCCAUAUCAUCUCAGAGAAGACUCCAUUAAAAAAAACUUUUUCCUAAAGAUAGGUAAUAUUGUUGGUAGACGCAAUAAUGGCCACUUGUCCAUCUAGAACUGAAAUGACUGCAGUAUAUGCAAUAUAUUUGACAUUGACUCAGUUAACAGUAAGUCUCAGAUUCUUACACUCUACCACACACCAAAGUAAAUUGAAAGCUUUCCAUUUUAAACUAACUGCAGUUACCUCUGAUGUAGAUACUUGGGGAAUAGACUAGUUAGUGAGAACAAGCCAAGAUCUGAAACCACAGUUCGGUUCUGGCUUGUUUGCACUAAAUAUAGUUGAAACAAACCACAGAUUCCUGAGGUCAACUGUUUCUAGAAACUAUUAGUUUAAAACUGAAAUAAAAAGCUUUCAAUUUCUUCUUCUUGGGGACAAAGCAGGGAAGAAGCUCACAAGGCCAAGACAGUUGCAGCUCAUUCUUGGCAUAGAAAAUCAUGAUUUCCUACUAUAUAUGAAAUUCAGCCAGUUUACACUUAACCUUGCUGGGACAUGGCCAUCUUUAAAAGCCUGCUUAAUUAACCAGAAUACAUCAUUAGCUUGAUGCUUGCAGCUAAACAGAUCUCUUUUCCAAUACAGUUCUAUACAAAACUACUUUUCAGUGAGUUUUCAAGUUCUCAUUUUUUUAUUUUUAAUAUAAUUUAAAUGUGUUGCAUUGGGAGUUUUGUUCAAUAUUUUAUACAAGUGCUUCUAUAAUAUUUGAUAAUUUCUUGCUAAUGAGUAAAAAUAUUCUGGAGAAGACUAAACAUCUUUAUUCAGUUUACUGAAGCGUUCAUCCUUCCAUCAUUGUGGUUCAAGUAAAUGAAGAAAAACAGAAGAGGCAACUAUUGUAACUGAAGUGUCAAGCCAAUGAAAUUGGAAUGAAGUGCUAUCCUCUAUAAAUAUCACUAUUGUUCAUAAAUUAUAUUAUAUUAACUUUAUAUUAUAAUGAUUCUCUAGUGGUGGUAGAAAACAAGGCUUUCUGUCUAAACAUUUAUAGAUGGAAGCCUAAUAUAUAAUUUGAAAGGGCAAUUAAGCAAAUUAUGCUGCUAAUCGACUCAAUACACAUUGUAAAGUUUAAACUCAUUUUAGUGAGAAACCAUUAACGCUCCUUUUUUCAACCUGUGAAAUGGUUACUUUAAAGCAACUUUGGCAACCUAGUUUGCUCUUUGUGUUGUAUAAUAACUUCCAUAAUGUCUAUUGCUUUGAGUUUUCACUUGCAGGGCUAAAUACGCUAUUGCGUACCAAUUAUUUCAACCGUAAUAGUUUUAACUUAGAAGUUUGUUUUGGAUUUUGUUUCUAAUCUUAUGUGAUAUAUUUGUAAAAUAUCCCAGACUAAAUACAGGAAAGGUUAAAUGGACUGAAAUUUAGUACCUGUAGUCUGAAGGUUUUGUAUUGUUACACUUGACUAUUUGUUGGAAAUGAGGACUCAUUGCUAUGAUAUUACUAUGACAGCUUGAACAAAAAUCUGCAAAAAAUAAAUCCAUAGGUAAAAGAUCCAGUGCUACUUAAUGUAUUUUUGUUAGGAGGAGAAGCCACUGUUGCCUGUUAGCAAUUCUCAGAACUACAUCAACAUACCAAACUUCAGUUGUGGUUGCUGUUAGAAUCAGCUCUGAACGCUCUCUUCUGCUGUGAUUCAGACCAUCCAACUAAAUAUCAUCCAUUCAUGGUAUUGAAUUAUUGUUUACAGAAUCUACUGUAUAACUCAGAAUACUGUCUUCUGGGAUUAUAGCAAACAGUAAAUAUCUAGAGAGCAUAUCUCCAUUGAUUUAUUUUUAAAAUUGAAAUCUACCUACCACAGUGUUAACAAGCAGGUAUGUGUCAAAUAUAUUUAAACAUAACAUCAAUCUUGUCUUAGGCUACACUACACAGAAUUGUUCUGAUCUAGCUUUGGUAGAUCAAUAAAAUGUAUUGUGUUCACUAACAAA